CACAGGCCAACGAAAUCCAGAUAAAUAAGAUUAUUGGAUUGGCUACAACAGAUUAUAGCUCUCCUUCGAUGCUUCAUAAGAAAACGGCACCAGUUUGAUCAUAGGGGGGGGGGUUAUGAGAUAGAGCCCUGAUAAAGACUGGCAGCCAUGCUGACCAGCUUUAUUGAAGGCCUCCUCUGCUGCCUCACCUCCAAACCGGCCAACACUGUGGUUCCCGUGGAAACCUCUGAACCUACAGAUGGGUACGAGUUCGUGGAGGUGAAACCAGGCCGUGUACUGCGGGUUCGACACAUCAUCCCUGACAGACCAGUGGUGGAGGAGCCCUCGCUGGGUGGGAUUGUGAGCUGCAAAAGAAAGAUCACAGUCUACCGCAACGGACACCUGUUCAUUGAGAACUUGGGUGAGAGGGCGAGCGCGGAGUUGAAAACUUGCCAGAACGGAGAUACUGAACCCAACAGUACCAUGGAGGUUGAACUGACAGACUGUCGUAACUCUUCACCUCCUGUCAGCAUCCCUGAGGCCCGGUCAGGGUCUCUCACAGCUGGAAACAAUGGGGCAUCAGAAACUGGAUCAGCAGGAGAGGCACCUGCUGCAGGACAGGCAGAGCAGACCCAGCAACCCCGGAAACGGAGGAGGAAGCCAAAGCGCACUGUGGUGAUUGACUGUGAGAGGAGGAUUGCAGGCUGUAAAGGAACACAUUCAGACGUGGCUCUGUUCUUCAUCCACGGGGUGGGGGGGUCACUGGAUAUCUGGGGGAGCCAGCUGGACUUCUUUUCCCGACUUGGGUACGAGGUGAUCGCCCUGGAUCUGGCAGGCCACGGAGCAAGCUCGUCUCCACACAUAGCUGCAGCGUACACCUUCUACGCCCUGGCUGAGGAUAUAAGACUAAUCUUCAAGAGAUAUGCAAAGAAGAGGAACAUUCUCAUAGGACAUUCAUACGGCGUGUCCUUCUGUACGUAUCUGGCUCAUGAUUUUCCAGACCAGAUUCACAAGAUGGUGAUGAUCAAUGGUGGCGGUCCUACAGCUUUGGAGCCCAGCCUGUGCAGCAUCUUCAACCUGCCCACCUGUGUGCUUCACUGCCUAUCCCCACUGUUAGCCUGGAGCUUUCUAAAGGCUGGCUUUGCUCGGCAGGGUGUCAGGGAGAAGCAGUUGCUGAAAGAGUACAAUGCCUUCAAUGUGUCGUCAUUUGUGUUGCGUGCCAUGAUGAGCGGUCAGUACUGGCCUGAGGGGGACGAGGUUUAUCACGGCGAGCUCACGGUGCCCGUCCUGCUGGUUCACGGCAUGCAUGACAAGUUUGUCCCUGUAGAAGAGGACCAGCGCAUGGCUGAGAUUCUUCUAAUGGCGUUCCUGAAGGUCUUGGAAGACGGCAGUCACAUGGUGAUGCUGGAGUGUCCUGAGGCUGUCAACACACUUCUGCAUGAAUUCUUCCUCUGGGAACCAGCCACCCUUCCACCACCAAAGAAAGAGCCCAAAACCCGUCCAGAAACCGCCAAAGCUCAAACCGACACCUCCAUUUCUGAGCCCACCAAGGUCCGGCCAGCAACCGCCAAGCAAACCUAAUCAAGCUGACACUGCCAGCAGUUCUGGUUUGGUUUCAGUUAGUGUUUGAAGAAAACAAAUCGGGUCAAAAGAUUGUUCAAGUCUCGGCUCACAUGAGUUUAUCCCAAACAUUAAACAGAGGUUGAUGUGGUUGUGCCUUGAAGUGCUCUGAAAAACUAGAAAACAGAAAACAGGAACAGUGGUGAAUAAACACCAAGUGGUGACAGUGAUGUUGGCUUUGGAAGUGGCCCCAAGUGCAGACAGACAGGCAGGGAGAAGCAUGGUGAGUAAAAGAAAGGUUUUAAUAAAUAACCAACAAGGAAAAGAAACUUACAACAGGCAGGUGGUAGCAGAUGCAGGCAUGAACAUCAGCAGGCUUGGCAUGGCAUGAACAAAACAGUUAUCAACAGACGUGGCAAGGCAAACAGUCGAAGAUCUGAACAGGCUUGGCAAACAGUACACUCCAGCAAGGAGUAAACAGAACAGAAACUAUAACUGGAACAUGGCACAGGUGAAAACAAGGAGACUGAUAGACAUGGAGCAGGGGGACUGAAUGAAGGUAAUUAUAGCCAGACUGUGGCAGGGAGUGGUAACUAACUGCAAGGAAACAAUGUAACCAAAGGAUGUUACAGAUGUUACAGAAUAUAAACUAAAAUACUCAAUGAACAAAAUACAAGAAUAAGUAAGAAACUAAACCUAAGCAAAGAACUAAUAAAGCAGCACCUAGAGACUACAAACAAUCAUGAGCAAGAUCCAAAACAAAACUUAAAAACCAACAAAUCAUGACAGAUAAACUAUGAUAUGAAACUGGCAGGAGAAUCAGUCCGUCCGUCCGUCCGUCCGUCCAUCCAUCCAUCCAUCCAUUACAGCUGAGGCCUUGGUUCUCCUAAGCAUCUCUCACUCCAUCCAUCACUCAUGAACAAGACACCAGGUCACACCAAGAUACCUGAACCUCUCCACUCGAGGCAGAGAUUAACCCUCAACCAGGAUGAUGCUGCUGAUUGAAAACCGCAGAGCCAGGGUUGGCACUUUUAAAAUCAAGCUAUGAUGCAAACUGCAAGUAUUUUCUGGUGUUUAGUUUUUUUGUUGUAUUUUUUUAGGUAAACUUUUUUUUACUGCUCAGACUGGUUCAAAAAUGUUUUGUAAUUGCUAAAAACAAAUGUUUUUAAACAAUAACUGGACUAUCAGAAACAAGUAGAACAUUGUCUGUAUGACAAAAAUAAAUGCCUAAAUUUUAGAGCUUUGUCUAUCAGAAUUUCAUCAAAUGAACAGGAGAUUUUAAGCCUCGUCUGGAUGGAAAUUUGAGGAUCCUCUAUCUGAGUAUUUUUGCACUGUGCACCAGGUGUUUAUAAGGAUACACUGCUCAAACAAAUUAAAAGAACACUGUAAAAACACAGCAGAUCUCAACUGGAAAAUGAAAUCAUGCUGGAUAACCAUACUGAUAUGGCAUGUGUAAUGUGUUGGAAAUGAAAGGAUGCCACAAUAUUUGAUGAAAAUUAAAACGAUCAACCCACAGAGAGCUUAAUCUAAGGUCACCAAGAAAUUUAAACUGAAAAAACGAUGCGGCAGGCUAGUACUUUUAGUUGAAAUGUCAUUGCUGCAACUGAAAAUGGUACUCAGUAGUUUGGAUGCCCCCCAGCUGCUUGUAUGCAUGUCUGACAACAUCAGGGUAUGCUCCUUAUAAGGUGCUAAGUCUCUCUCUAUAAUUGUUAUUGGGUGCUAUAGUCCUCCUCCUGCCCGCAAGGAUGCAUUAUCAUCCUUAAAGCAACUUUUGUCCAAAUUAAAUUAUGAUGAACUCUUAUUGGCCGGAGAUUUGAGUUGGGACUGGCUAAAUGCGGUUUCUCAUGAGUUUAAUUCUUUGUGACUAUAUUAAUUUUUUGUAGGUAGCUGGUCAACCUACCUACAAGGCCAAAUCCUAAAAGUGCUGAUAAGUCCACUUUGAUCAAUUUAAUUCCAACAAAUUUUUCUCAUAAAUUCAUCCUUGAGUGUCUUCUGCAAUGAUCUGAGUGAUCAUUGUGUUGUUGCUACUUCCAGGAAUAGUAAUAUCCCCAAAUGUGCAUUAUUAGCAAGAUGGAUUUAAAAAUAAUUUAACACACUUUUCAUCAGGAUUUGUUCUCGGUGUGUUGGGGGCAAAUAGGUCUGCUGCCAAAUGUCAAACUAGCUUGGACAUUCUUUAAGAAAAGUUUUGGGAAAAUUCUAAUUAAACAUGUUCCCAUCAGGAAAUUCAAAGUGAAGGGAUGGGAUAAAAUCCCUGGUUUUCUCCAGAGUUAUCAGAAACUAGCCAUCAGUGCAAAUCGUCAAGGGCCAAAGCAAGAAAAUGUGAUUCUGCCACUAAUUAGUCUAUCUUCAGGCAACUAAGAAAUAAAUGUGCUUCUCUCAUCAAAAAGACUAAAUCAGAAUAUUACUCAUCAGUCACAACUGAGAACCUCAAUAAUGCACAGACAUUUGGGAAAGUGAUUAAGUCUCUAUCUGUGAAUAAAAGUCUUCAGAUUUUUCCAAAAUUUGUUCUAAAGUACUUGGUUCCAGUCUAUGAUAGAGCUGAGAUCUUAAAUUGCUUUUUUGCAUUUAGUAUUAUCUGUGUCUUUGUUUGACUCUUCAGGAGUAGUCCCUGUGACUCCUUGCCCUCCAAUGUUUUCUGGAGACCCUUUUUAGUUUGUUUUACUGUGCAAAAAGUGCAUAGGCCUCUCAAAGUGUUAGAUCACAGUAAACCCCCUGGAACAGACUUGAUACUGCAAUCAGGCUUCAGGACAAAGGAUGGCACCAUCACUGCAGCUACACAAGUAAUUCAUGAUAUACUUGCUGCUCUUGAUAAAAAGCAGUAUUGUGUGUCACACUGUGGACCACACUGUUUUAAAGCAUACGCUUCUUUGCUUGAGUCUGUUAGAUCAUGUAGUUUUCUGGUUCACAAAUUAUUUGAGUGACAGGAUUCAGUGUCUUUAAUGUGAUGGUCUGUGUUCUGAAUUUAUGAGUGUCCACAAGGGGGUGCCACAUGGUUCAAUAUUAGGUUGCCUCCUGAUCAUUAUACAGGUCCUUCUCAAAAUAUUAGCAUAUUGUGAUAAAGUUCAUUAU